GUCCCGGUCCACCACUGGACCGUCCAUCCGGCGCUCGUUUCCUGCUCUCUUCCAGGAUGGAAUACUUUGCGAAGCCGCAGGCGUCGUCGGCGGUGAAGAUUGUGAAGCCUGAGGGCGGGGAUGUGCAGCUGCCGCCGUUUACGAAGCCGCCGAAGAAGGAUCUCUCGCAACGCCAUUGCAAGAACGUCCACAUCUACGGACAGUGCAAGUUUGAGGGCCAGGGCUGCCCAUACUACCACCCGCCCACGGAGUCCGAUGCGUGCGUCUGCGAGCUUUGCUAGUCCUCAACCCUCGCCCUGACCUCCUUCGCUCUUCCCAGGCCGCGCGCAGAGUCCCCGAUCGGCACGUCGCUCUCAGCGCAGGCCAUCAACGCGCCCGUCUUC